ACGCUGCCGCUCUGUCCAUGUAAACUGAAGCCGUUGCUUUAGGUAAGUGAAGUGUAAGGAACUGUAAAUUGAGAUUAUCAACAUCCAUCAAUACGACUCACAAAACAUGCAAACGUGCACUGUUAUAACUCUGCAUUUUUCGAAUAUCCUUUCGAUUUAAAACGCAAUUUAAAUAUUGUUAAGGGUUUGAGAUUAUAUGAUGUUUGCAAGUUGAUUUUUGUAUAACGUUAAGUUACUACAUCUGCCCAGUGGAAUUUUCAAGGCCGAUUCUUUUAUGUCUAUAUGUUUAAUUGUAUUUAAUGUAUUAGUUUUUGCAUCAUGGCCACGGCUGAGUUCACCAAAGACCUUUGUACUCCAGCACUGAUUGUUGACCUGGAUAUAGUGAACAGAAAUGCUCAAGCAAUGCUGGACCGCUUCCAAAAGUUUGGGGUCCAACUGCGACCUCACAUGAAAACCCACAAAACUCUGGAUUGUGCAGACAUCAUGACUGGAGGCUCUCGCCGUUGUAUUGUGGUGUCUACUCUGGCUGAGGCAUCCUUAUACGCAGAUAAUGGCUAUGAUGAUAUAUUAUACGCAUACCCACUGCCAUUUGAUAAAGUGGAGCGCUGUGCUGAGCUUUCAGAGAGGCUUUCUCUAUUCCAUGUACUGCUGGACAACCGUCUUGCCUUACGGGAACUGAAGAAGAGACCACUGAAGCAGGGGAAAGUCUGGAGGGUGUGGAUGAAACUGGACUGUGACAAUGGGAGAGUGGGCGUUCCUCAUUAUGACCCAGCGUCACUGCAGCUUGCCCAGGAGAUUUCGGAGACGGCAGGGGUGGAGCUCACAGGAAUUUACGCCCAUUGUGGAAACACCUAUGGCUGUAAAGGAGAGGAGCAAAUCAAAGCUGUUGCUCAGAACACUACAACGUUCACACUGCAGUUUAUGGAGAAGUUGAAGGCUGCUGGAAUGCACAGUCCCAAAUCCAGCAUUGGCUCGACCCCUUCCUGUAGCCACCCAGUCCCAGACAUGGCCAUGUUAAGUGAAGUGCAUCCUGGGAACUAUGUGUUUUAUGAUGUGCAGCAGUCUCUCAUUGGAUCCUGUAGACUUGAAGAUGUUGCAGUACGGGUUCUGACGAGGGUCAUAGGACACUACCCACACAGAAACCAGCUACUGGUAGACUGUGGGUGGACAGCUCUGAGUCAUGAUGGUGGGGGACGUUUACCAACUGGAUACUGUAUCAUCGAAGGGCACCCAGACCUGAAGCUGCUGUCUAUGACUCAGGAACACGGCAGGGUGGAGUCCAUCUCUGGAAAACUGGACUUCAGUCAGUUCCCCCUUGGGUCACUCCUCUCACUCAUGCCGUACCACGCUUGUGCUACAGCUAUGAUGCACCCAGUUUAUUUUGUCCAUUCUAAAGGGAAGAUUAUAGGCACAUGGAAACCCACUCGAGGCUGGUAACAGUCACUCACAGAGGGAGUCUGGGAACUCUUUGGUUGAAAUGUUAUUAAAGGAAUAUCAACUAAAUUAAUUAAACCUUGUAACAAUUGUGAAAUUACUGUAAAAGCAGGAAUCAAAACCCACUUUAGGAACUUUUAGGAACUACAUUGUGUAGUUUCCAAUCUUGCCGAAAACUGUGUAAACUGAAAGUUCACAUUGGACAUAUUUGUUUACAGAUAGCCAUGAAAGUAAUGAUGUUGCAUCUUAAAAACCUCAAAGCUACACUAGUAUUUCUGUACACUUACCUUAGAAACAACUUUUUUUGCUUUUUAUCUGAAUUACUUUUCAUGUGGCAAACACAGUAAUGUGUGCUCAGAGAUUUAAAAAUAUUGAUAGUAGUUUUUAUAAAUCACUGUAGACUAAUUUUGUAAUAAAAUCGUGUACCAUAAUAGCAAUAAAUAUAAUGAUACGAUUGAUUGUUU